CUUCCCUCAUCCCAAAAUUAUCAAAGCUUCGAGUACAAGCCCUAAACGCUAAACCCUAGAGACCGGGCGGCGGUCGGCAAUCAAAGGGUAAUCAGCGGCCGGUGGUCUGUAGGCGAUCAGCGAUCGCCGGUCGACGGUAUCCAGUCGAGAUGAGUCGUCAUCCUGAAGUGAAGUGGGCACAAAGGGUCGACAAGGUUUACAUCACUGUACAGUUGCCUGAUGCAAAAGAUGUGAAGGUUAAUCUGGAACCUGAUGGCAUUUUCACUUUUUCGGCAACUGCUGGAGCUGAAAACAACUUAUAUGAGUUGAAAAUGGACCUCUAUGAUAAAGUAAAUGUAGAGGGAAGCAGAAUUAACACAGGAGUCCGGUCUAUCUUCUGUGUGGUAGAAAAAGUGGAGAAGGGGUGGUGGAAGAAGCUAUUACGUGGUGAUGCAAAAACACCUCACUAUCUGAAAGUAGAUUGGGAUAUGUGGGUGGACGAAGAUGAUGAUGGUGCUGGCGACAUUGACGUGGGAGGGAUGGAUUUCUCGAAUUUUGGUAGCAUGGGGGGUGAUGGAAUGGAUGAUGACCUUGAUGAAAGUGAUGAUGAAGAACAAGAAGCAGAAAAGGUUGAUCAUGCCGAAAAGGCUGGAGAUGUGCAGAAGACUGAAGAAGCCUCGUCAGAGGCCAAAAUGGAAACAGCUCCAAGCACAUGAAAGAGUCCUCCAGCCAAAAUUCACUUCCAUGGUUCUGGGGUGUUGCUGAACAAGGCUAGAUGAUCAUGGUUUUCGUGUUCAUUGGCGUGUUGACUGGUUGAUUGUAGUUCAUGUGGAGCUCAUUUUCAUUUUUGAUAGGCAGGUGGAACCAGUUUGGUUCGGCUGGCAGCAUGUGUUUGAUAUGAAGGUUCCAUGGAUAAUCUGAAAGCAGACUUUAGCAUGUCAGUAUUAUUAAACUAUGCUUGUUGGAUUUUUGGAUUUUUUGUAUUUUUUUGUUGUUGCUUGUAGUGACACUUUAAGCUUCUGCCUUUUUUCUUUGGCGGAAAAUGUGUGUUCUAUUAUCGGAGAUUGGUAUUAUGGUGAAAGAUCUAUAAAGUGUUUUUAAAGUGACAA